UCUAGAUCAGUAGGUUUUUACAUGAAGGUGAGCAGCAGUGUGUCACUCUGCAGUUGCUUGAAUUCGAAAGAGGGCGUGUGCGGGGAUCAUGACGUCGACGUCAGGCAGAUCUCAGCGCGUUCGAUUACAGCGAGCUUUUCAAAGUUUCCAUGGAUCGGGAUUUAAAACGUCGAUUCCGCGGCCUCUCCGCACUACAUAGAACCAGAUAAACGGCCGUUUUAGUUAGGCGUGAAACAGAAUCGUUCCUACGCAGUGACCUUUUGGAGCUCGAAUGCAGAACAGCGCGUAGGAGUCGCUGUGUGCGCGGUGAUUGAACGUUUGAUUUCUGUCAGUUUUCCUUCACAGCUAAAUGGAGUCACGAGUAGAAUUCAAUCGAGAGGAGAUUAACAGUACGGUAUGGGAAGUUCCGGAAAAGUACAUUUGCUUGAAGCAAAUCGGAACUGGAGCGUAUGGCAGCGUGUGGUGAGUAAGUUCCUGACAGACAGCUCAUCCAUCAACAAUAAAACCAAAGAGAAGGUGGCCAUCAAGAAGCUUCACCGACCCUUUCAGUCAGAGAUCUUCGCAAAGAGAGCCUAUCGCGAACUAAGGCUACUCAAGCAUAUGAAACAUGAAAACGUGAUAGGUCUGCUAGACGUUUUUACUCCUGCCUCCAGAAUGGAAAACUUCCAAGACUUCUACCUGGUGAUGCCGUACAUGUACACAGAUCUCUCUAAAGUCAAGGGCCUCCUUACAGAAGACCGGAUCCAGUUCCUGGUCUAUCAGAUGCUGUGCGGACUAAAGUACAUUCAUGGUGCUGGCAUCAUUCACAGAGACCUCAAACCAGGAAACCUGGCUGUGAACCAAGACUGUGAGCUGAAGAUACUGGAUUUUGGCCUGGCGCGUCAUACAGAAGCAGAGAUGACAGGUUAUGUCGUGACGCGGUGGUACCGGGCCCCUGAGGUCAUUCUGAACUGGAUGCACUACACGCAGACAGUGGACAUCUGGUCUGUUGGGUGCAUCAUGGGUGAAAUGUUCAAUGGAAAAACACUCUUUAAAGGAAAAGACUACAUGGAUCAGUUGACUCAGAUAAUGAAAGUAACCGGAACACCAGGCCCAGAAUUUAUUGAGAAACUAGAAAGCCCAGAGGCUAAGAGUUAUAUCAGAUCCCUGCCCCACUACCCACGCAAAGAUUUCUCUACAUUGUUUCCCAGAGCCAGUAAAAAAGCGGUAGAGCUGCUUGAGAAGAUGCUGGUGCUAGAUGCUGACGCUCGUGUCACUGCUGAUGGUGCAUUGGCUCACAGUUAUUUUGAUGGCCUGAGGGACCCAGAGGACUGGCCAGAGCCCACGUCAUACGAUGACAGCUACGACAAUGCCACAAUGCCCUUAGAAGAGUGGAAACGUUUAUCAUUUAAAGAAGUCAAGAGCUUUGUUCCUAUCCCAAGAAGAGAUUCAAAGAGAAGAAACACUCUCACAAUGUCCCCGUGUUAGUGGGUCUGACAUUAACGCUGUACUGUAUUGCAUUUACGUGAUUUAGUCUUCGCCUUGAAACAAUUUAGAAUGUUUAUUCCUUAAAAAGUAUAUGAAUAGUAUUUUGUACAAUAAGCAACUUUUUUUGGACAGUGGGAUCUGGGCUUCUGGUGAAUGAGCAUUUUAUUUUUAUUGACAAAUGUGUUAAGGUAAAGUUGUACGAUAGCUUUGUGUGGGGUACAAAACAAAAUCUUCAUUCUGCUAAAUGUUCUUAUUCUUUCCCCCAAAAAAAAAAAAAAAAAAUCUUUUAUUUUUUAUUUUUAAG